AUGGGUUGUAGUAUUGAAGAAUAUGAAGAUUACAUCUUCUGCUACAUUGGGGAAACGUUAGGACUUCAUGGAGUAGGAUUUUUGAUAAAAAAGUAUUUCAAAAAUAAUAUUGUAAACUUUACGGGGAUUUCAGAAAGAGUGGCAUUCAUAAAAUUAAAAUUUAAAAACUUGUCAAUAACACUUAUUCAAGUGUAUGCUCCCACAGAAAGUGCAGCCGAAGAAGAAAUCCAUAAGUUUUACGAGGAUCUUAGAUCAAUUACUAUACCUAAACAAAAGUCUAGACAAACUGUGAAAGUCAUGAGGAAACCUGUUCCCUGGUGGAACCAAACAUGUGAUGAUGCAGUUCGAAAGUCCAAAAAAGCCCUGAUACAGUAUAGAGCUUCACCUAGCAUUUCUAAUUUUAUAGAGUACAAAAAAACAGAUGCUCAAAAGAAAAGAAUACUUAAAGAAGAGAGUAUUAAUUCGUGGCACAACUUAUGUAGUAGUUUCAAUAGAAUGACACCUGUUUCUAGAAUAUGGGGUUACAUGAAAAGGUUCAAGAGAAUAGGUUCAUGUCAUGAUAGAUUUUUCAAUGAUGAAUGGGUGCCUUCAUUCAUAGAUAACAUCUCUGAUUCAAAUCAAAUAAAUUUAAACAAUGUAAGUGGUAUUUUAAAUGAUUCAUCUGAAAAUAACAGUAAUUCCUUUCUGAAUAAACCAUUUACAUUAAAUGAAUUGUACAUAUCCCUCAAAAGCAGAAAAGAUACAACACCAGGUUUGGAUAAUACACCAUAUAUUUUAAUCAAAAAACUACAUCCUAAUGCUAUAGAAAUCUUAUUAAAUAUUUAUAAUAGACUACUAGAAAACUUGUUAAUACCAGAUUCAUGGAAAACUCAGUGCAUCAUUCCCAUCUUAAAGCCAAAUAAAACUGCAAAUAAUCCAUCAUCAUACAGACACAUUUCAUUAUCAUCGUGUUUAGGUAAACUCUUUGAGAACAUGCUAAAGAUGAGAUUAGAUUAUUUUGCUGAAUCGGAAGGAAAGUUACCAGAUAUUCAGUUUGGAUUCAGGAAAGGUAGAAGUUGCUCUGAAAGCUUUGUAUCUUUCAUUGCUGAUCUCAAAAAAGCUAAGAUUAGUCACUCUAAUGUUGUUUGUGUCUUCUUAGAUGUUAAGGGUGCAUUUGAUAAUGUUGAUACAUACUUUUAA